UUCCAGCUCUCCCCCUAGCUCCAAUGGCGGAGCCCGAGUCCCUCCUCUACACCACGAAACCCCCAAUCCAUCAUCGGCAACUCGGCGCCGGGAUCCUCUCCACGUUCCUGUACAGAGCCCUGCUCGUCGCCGUGCUUGUCGUCGCGCUUCCCCUCCUCCCCUCCCGCGCCCCCGAGUUCGUCGACGGAACCCUCCUCACGAGGACAUGGGAGCUCCUCCACCUCCUCCUCGUGGGCAUCGCCAUCUCCUACGGCCUCUUCAGCCGCAGGAACGCCGACGCCGACAAGGACCGCGCCGCCGAGGGGAAGCACGACGCCGCGCAGUCCUACGUGCCGCAGAUCCUCCGCGGUCCCUCCGCGGUCUUCGGGGACGACGACGACGGCGUGGACGGCGACGACGACCGUGGCGACGCUGGGGUUCGGGCGUGGAGCUCGCAAUACUACCCCAACGAUCCCGUGGUCGUGGUCGCGAAGGAUUCGGGAUCGGCGGGGAGCGGGCGCGGCCGCGGCCGCGGCGGCGACGAGCCGCUGCUUCUGCCCGUGCGGAGCCUGAAAUCGCGGGCCCGAGAGGCCGAUUCGGGUAGAAACCGCUUCUCGAGAACCCCUGACGAGGACGCCGCGGUGCUCUCCUCUCCGAUCCCAUGGCGAUCGCGUUCGGGGAGGUUCGAGUCCAAGGAGGAGUCGGGCCCUUUAAACCGGACCUCUUCCUUCCGCUCACCAGGUGUUCGAUCUACGUCCGCAACGAGCACUUCUCCCAGCAGCGCUUCUCCAAAAAGAGGCUUCUAUAAGUCUACGCCCCCUCCGGCACCGCCGCCUCCGCCGCCUCCUUUUGUCGGUCAUUUAUACUCUCCGGCCUCCGAUAGAAAAAUCACUACAAAAAGCUUUAAAGAUGAGCUAAAGGAUGUGAGCGCCAAGCCAUUGAUGAAACCACAAAGCUCAAUCAACAUCCCUUCUUCGAUCGCAAAAUCAGUUAGAACGGUCCGGCCAAAGGAGGCACAAGCAACUCAAGCGGCGGACGGUCCCGAGAUCCCCGUUCCGGUGCCAAUGUAUCGGAGAAAGGAGGAUAGUGAAUUCGUGGAUAAAGCGGUCAUCGAAUCCGAUGAUUCGGAUAGCAGAGACUCGGACAGUAGUGACGAGCGCGAAACUGAUGAUGAUGAUAUCAUUGCCGAAUCCUCUGGUAAAGAAGACGAAGCGCCGAACUGUGUUGCUGAAGCUAAAGCAGAAGCAGAACCUGAUGACAAUGAGGUGGAUAAGAAAGCGGACGAGUUCAUAGCCAAGUUCCGGGAGCAGAUUAGGCUUCAGAGGAUCGAAUCGAUCAAGAGAUCGACGCGGCGGCGCAGCGAUAAACAUCCGAAGUAGUAUUAAAGAAGGCUGAUGCUAUAUGAUGCUUGCUUUUUUCUUUUUUCUUUUUUAGAAGGAAAAAAAAAAAAACUCUUUUCUUAUAUUGUAUCAUCAAAGUUAAUCUUUGAUAGGAGUGUAGCUCAAAGGACAUUAAGAUUUGGUUUCUUCUUGUUCUUCUUAAUCCUCAUCCAAAGGCCUUGCUUUGCCCUUAUUGUUAAUGUAUCUUUGCUUGAUGAAAGAAAGAUCAACUAUGUGACCAUGAUAUGUGAAA